UAGAGAGCCCGCCCGGACAGGAAGCGGAAGUUGCCGGCAAGAUGGCUGCUGUUGAAGAGGAGGAGGAAGCGGCCCCUUGCAGCGGCCGGAGGAUGAAGGCGGCGACGGCGGGGCUGUGGCUCCUUCGCGGGAUCGUCCUGUGCGCCCUGGCGCCCGGUUCAGGCUGGUGCAAUUCUGUGGAGAAGAAAAUCUACAUCCCGCUGAACAGAACAGCCACCUGCGUCCGUCUCCUGAAUGCCACUCAUCAAAUAGGCUGCCAGUCCUCUAUGUUCGGAGACACGGGAGUCAUCCACGUGGCAGAGAAGGAAUCUGACCUGAAGUGGGUGCUGUCAGAUGGGCUCCACCCCCCUUACAUGGUACUGCUGGAUGGGAAGCUUUUUACAGGGCAGGUGAUGGAGAAACUGAAGGGCAGCACUCGGAUCGCAGGCGUGGCCGUGGCCGUCUCCAAGACCAGACCAGCCGAAGGCUUUUCUCCUGGCCUUCAAUGUCCCAAUGAUGGCUACGGGGUCUACAACAGCAGCUAUGGCCCAGAGUACGCCCACUGCAGCGUGACCAAGUGGAACUACCUGGGGAACAGCCUCUCCUACCUGGACUUCGGCUUCCCCAUCUUCCUUCUUCAAGAUGAAAACGAAAGCGAGGUUAUCAAGCAGUGCUACCGGAAAUACAACACGCCUCAGAACGGCUCCGGGCCGGAAUACCCGCUCUGCGCCAUGCAGCUCUCCUCCCACAUGCACGCCGUCACCAGCACUGUUACUUGUAUGCGCCGCAGCCUCAUUCAGAGCACAUUCAGUCUCAACCCAGAGGUGGUCUGUGAUCCUCUCACCGAUUAUAACGUCUGGAGCACGGUGCGGCCGGUGAACGAUUCGGAGAAGCUGGAUCCGAAAAGUGUCAUCAUCGCUUCCUCUCGAAUUGACAGCCACUCUUUUUUCUGGAACGUGGCCCCCGGGGCAGAGAGCGCCGUGGCUUCCUUUGUCACCCUCCUCGCUGCAGCUGAAGCCAUCCAUAAAAUGCCCGAUGUUCAGUCGCUGCCCAAAAACAUCAUGUUUGCCUUUUUCCAGGGGGAAACCUUCGACUACAUCGGCAGCUCCCGCAUGGUGUACGAUAUGCAGAAUGGCCGCUUUCCCAUCAAGCUGGAGAAUAUCGACUCCUUCCUAGAGCUGAGCCAGGUUGCACUCCGGAGUAACGCCUCCUUGUGGAUGCACACGGAUCCCGUCUCGCGAAAGACCCCCGAGAUUGAGCAAAACAUCCAGAGGAUGCUGGAAGCCUUGAACAAGAGCAGCGAAAACACCAGCGUGGUGAUGAGUGGGAUCGAAGCCAGCCAGCCCCUCCCGCCUUCCUCCUUCCAGCGAUUCCUGAGGGCCCAGCAGAUUCCCGGGAUCGUCCUGGCCGACCACUCCUCCCACUUCGAGAACAGGUACUACCAGAGCAUCUACGACACGCCCGAGAACAUCCGGCUGAAUUAUCCUGAGGGGCUGAGCCCAGAGGAAGCCCUGAAUUACGUGACCGACACAGCGAAGUCCUUAGCUGCCGUAGCCACCGUGGUGGGCCGCACGCUCUACAAGAUAGCCGGAGGAGGGGGCGACGCCUCGGCAAUUCAGGCGGAUCCAGUCACGGUCACACGCAUGUUGUAUGGUUUCCUCAUCCAGUCCAACAACUCCUGGUUCCAGGCCAUCACGAGACCAGAUUUUAAAGGGCCUCUGGGUGAUGAGCCCCUCCAGUACUACAUCGCGGUCUCCAGUCCUGUCAACUCCACCAGCCUGGUCCAGUAUGUCUUGGCCAAUCUCACCGGGACCCGCUUGGGAGACAACAUCACCAAGGAGCAUUGCAAAGAUUCCAAGGAAGAUUUCUAUGAAUACAUGUGGGUGCAGGGCUCCCCGUACCCCAAUGCCAGCUCUCCCCGAAAGCCCUUCUGCGUCAGGUCGACUGUCCGCCGCACGGCGGCCUCCUCUCCGGCCUUCGAGCUGCAACAGUGGGGAUCCACCGAGUUUUCCACCUGGACGGAGAGUCGCUGGAAGGAACUUCAUGGACGUAUCUUCUUGAUCGCCAGCAAACAGCUGGAGAUCAUCACGCUGGUGCUGGGCCUCGUCAUCCUCAUUGUCUCCUUCGUGGCCACCUACUUCAUCAACGCCAAAGCCCACGUGCUGUUUUCCACGCCGGGGGACGCCGAAGCAGUGGCCUAUUGAUAAACCUGCGCCGGGAACUCUUUUAAGCGCUGCGAACAAGAAAAGGAAUGAAUCUGACACAGCCAGACCCUUUCUGUGAAAACCGUGGAGUGUGGGUCUUGAAGGAACACGUUCAUCAUCACCCCAUUGAGAAAGAGAGAGAGAGAGAGAGACUCGUAGCGGGUGCACCGAAACACAAUGCUGGCAAGGCACGGAUUAAUUGGGGGAGGGGGGGCUUUCUUGGGUCUCUCAGACCCUCCUCCAUCCAGCGGCCCGGCACAGAUGGGCGCACGGCACGGGUGGGUCCCGACGCCCUCUUGAGAGAGGCGAAGAGUUGGCCAUCGAAGGAGACUCUGCGGAGCAUUUGUGGGCCUUCAACCUUGUAGUUUCUCACUUUUCUUCUUUUUUAAUUUUGAAGGUCUGGAUAAAUUUGCUUGACUCUUGAUUUACGUAGAUCAAGGUGGGGGAAAAAAACCAACAACCCGAGGGACGCAGGAAA